CGAGGCUAUCGGUUCAUGGCAAUCUUGAAGAUUACAACCUGGACGGCGAUUUCGUUCGGAUUUGACUGUAAGGAUUUCACAUCAAUCAAAUAAAAGCGAACGAAAGUCAAGCGCAAGCUUCAAUUUCUAUGCAAAUAUCAAUGAACGUAUUGUGAUAUUUUUUGCGAUGAGCUUGUGGCUGCCAUAUGAAGAAAGUUUGGAAUAAAACAACAGCGGAAUGUAGGCCGAAUAUUUUGUCAAUUUUUCGUAUCUACUGUGGAUCCCAGUAUUUAAAUAAGACAUCUGUACUUGUACCCACCAGGAUAUCCUCUUGAUAGCUUUUAUCGUGUUGCCUAGACUCUCGAGGCAAUUUUGAUAGAAGGUAGGCUCCACUAGUAUCCAGUGACUGGAUGCCUGUUUGGUUUUGCAGACAGAUAUUAUGAGUAGUGCAAGCCGCGAGAACGAUGAUACUAUUAGGGAAAGAAUCGUUCGGCAAUCCAAUGCAGCUAUCAGGAAAUUUUCAAGCCCUGUCAGAGUACCUUUGACCAAGCCACAUGCAGGCCCUAGCCAAGAUGCUGACAGUGUGAAACUCAAAAAACGCUUCCCACAUAGCCAGAAUAAUAUUUUGUGCUAUGGCAGUAAUGUGCCCAAUGUGCCACAAAUAUCUUCACCUUACAUCUCAAAUGCACAGCAUAAUGAUACUGGAAAUUCAGUUAAUAUUAUCAAUGUCAAUGCCAUACCUGGAGGACAGCCAACAUUAGUCAAUGCCAAUCAAGAUUCUCUGGUGCUAGAACAUUGUCCCAGGUGCACUGAAAAGGGUGUUUAUUUAGAUGGUGAAUUUAAAAGAUGUUUAAACUGUGGUAUGUUUAGUCUUACAAGCAGCAAGCGAGAGACCACUCUAAUCCCAGAAACAUUCUACAAUAAGACUGCUGUGAUGCCAUCCUCAGAAAAGGUUGAAGAAACUAGAUUACCAAGUAGUAAUGAUCAAUGGAAAUCUGCCAAAGAGAGUCCAAUGCCAGUAAAAUCUACUCCACGGAGAAGAAGACCAAAGCAAAAACCUAAAGAGAAAGUUUGCUUAACAAUUUCUAGUGAUGAGGAGGAUGGAGGAAAGCACGUGUCUCAGACACAUUCAAGUGAUGAAAAAACAGAGAAAGUUGAAUCUGAAAACAGAAAGGGGUCAAGUAACAUUGAUUCAGAUUGUCCUGAUUCACCAAAUGUCCCACCCAAGUAUAAAAUACCAAAGAUGUCUGAACGGAUGAAACCGCAAGGUGGAAAAAUGACCACUGAUAAUUCUCAAGAAUAUGAUCAGCCAAAUGGAUAUGCUUCCAGACCUCUUCUAUCACUUUGCAGUUUUGAAAAGCAAUUUGAGCUCCCUGUGAAAAGUAUUCACCUUGGCUCUUUGCCUGGUAGAUGCAUAACACCACUUAGUUUACAAAAUAAUACACUUAAGGUGGAGGUUGAAUGCACAUAUGAAGUGACUGAAGGUAAUACCAAGAAAGUCAUGAAUGAAAAGUAUAAGUUAGCUUUGUCUUCAGUGGAGGUGGCCCAGAUAAAUUUGAACUUUGAUAAAGAGCCAUUUAUGAUUUCUGUGAUACCAAGUAAAAGGUAUUCUGAAAUUGUAAAUCAAGCACUAUCCAGAUGUAUCUUAGAUGCGCAAAAUGAAGAUCCUAUUAAACGACAAAUAGUUUUUUUCAUUGAAUGUGAGCAAUCAUUGUUUAAAAGAUUGUUGGAAAAGAAUUUGCAGCCUUUACAACAGAUCGCUAAAGUCUGUGCCUUUUCAGAUCAAGAUUGUGAACAGCUUGUUGCCUGUGUAAAACAGUCUCAAGUGCCAUCUAAGGUCCAUAGAACAAGAAGUGCAACAGCCCAAACUGCAAAAACUGUGAGAAAUGUUAGAACUAUGUUUGUAUACCCAUUACCACCUCAGAAAGGGGGCAUAGCCAUAACAAAUGCAGAUGUUGAGUGCUUGAUGCCAGGGAUUUAUCUCAAUGACACCAUUAUAGAUUUCUAUUUGAAGUAUAUUUAUGAAGAGAAGCUUGACAACAUGCAAAAACAAAAGACAUACAUAUUCAACUCAUACUUUUACACAAGGCUGUCGAAAAAGGCCUUUGUUGCUUCUAAUGAUAUUCAGAACCCUGGCGAACGAAUGCAUGCACAAGUUAGAAAGUGGACAAGAGAUGUAAACUUAUUUGAAAAAGAUUUCAUAAUUAUACCUAUAAAUGAACAUUCACAUUGGUUCCUAGUCGUGAUAUGCUUUCCUUCUGAAGUUAAAGUUGAUGAAGAAUCCACAGCCAAUUCACCAAAUGUAAGUUCAGUUAAUGAAGAAGAUGUACAAGUUGAGAAUCAAGCUAAAGAAAGAAAUGCUAAGGAUAUGGAAGAACAAAUGGAGGUUGAUCAAGAAACAAUUUCUAUUUCAGAAACUGAAAAAUCGUCUACAGAAGGCAAAGAUGAAAAUAACAAAGGCUACGAGUCAAAGGAAAGUGUGCCAGAGCCAAAAGACUGUUCAACAGGGUCCAAAGAUGAUGCAUCAGCAAUAGAAGAGAGAAGAGAUAAGGAAGAGGACAAGAAUGUUGAUGACAGCAAAGAGGUUCCAUCAACAUUUAAGCAACCAUGUAUCUUGAUAUUUGACUCAUUAGUCAGUGGUGGGAGAUCACGAGUGUUUAGCAAUCUGCGACAUUAUUUAACCUUAGAGUGGAAAGAAAAAGUAGGUGGAACAGAGUCAAGUAAAAUUUUUACAAAAAACAACAUCAAAGGGUCUUUCCCUAAAAUACCUCGUCAGAACAAUGACUGUGACUGUGGUAUUUACAUCUUGCAAUUCGCAGAAAGCUUCUUUGAAAGUCCAAUAGUGAAUUAUAAAUUCCCUAUCAAAAAGGAAACUUGGUUCACAAAGUCACAUGUGGAUGGCAAGCGGGAAAGUAUUAAGGGAUUGAUUUUUGAAAUGGAGAAGCAAUUUUUAGAAGGAAAAACAAAUGAAGGAUCAAAAGGGUAGACAAUGUUGUGCUACCCAGUGGAAAUGAAGGCUGUACAGGAUACAGAUUGAUAGCAGAGACUACCAAUGUAUGAUGAUAUUGACUUAUGGAUCUUGUGUCUUGUGCACAAUGAUUGCUUCUCCAAAGUGUCAAAUAACUCAGCAUAUUAUUGUAGUUAUUAAAAGUUUAAUUCUUACAAAAAAUCAUUUCUGAAAGUUGAAAAUAAAAAUGUUCUUUGUCUUGAUAUUGCUGAAAUAUAUGUCCAAUGAAAAAAUGCAGAAGCAACAUUGAGGUCAUACCAAACUUGAUACUUCUCCAGCAGUUAUGACAGUUCUGUAUUUAAGUUUUAAGUGAUUUGUUCUUCCAGUUUUUAGCUUUUUAAAAAUUGUCAAUUGUUGCUACCAACUGAAAUAUGCUUAGUUGUUAAAUCAACUGUUAACUUUAACUUUUUAUCACAUUUUUCUCGUUUUUCAACUGUAACAAGAAACAUGCCAUUCAGAUGUUUCAUUUGUGCUCCUUAGAGCAUCAAAAAGAAAGCGGUUUGAAUCAAUAUUAAUGUUAAAAAUGUUGCGUUUUUCAAUUGUCUUUGUUUUUUUGUUCUCUGAAAUGAUCGUUUUCAUUUAAAAUUGAAGCUGUUUUGAAUCUGAUGAAUUUUCUUACUUGCAAAUUUGCCACAUUUUACCAUCCAUUUUUUUAAUGAGUGAGUCCAACACGCCUAUGUGCAACCACAAAUUUUCACAUUCAAAACAACUGGGUGGUUUUAAAAUGUUUACUUUGUUGGCUUUUGUGCAAAACAACCUGGCAAUUUAUUCAUGAACAUUUAGGCCUGGUCAUUUAGGGCAAAACCAGGGGGUCGAGGAGGGCCAUGCCACCCAUUUUUCUACAGAGCAAAGUAAACUUUUCAAGCAGAAGUAGAAUGUAGUCUACCAUUCUGUUAGCUAUUGUGCUUUAUUUCCUAUUAGCUAUUGUUUCCUUACUAACUAUUUAGAAAUGAAAUAUUUAAAUGGCAUAGAAAAACUAAAACAUGGGUUAUUGAUCGAAAAAGUCGAAUCAAUUCCCAAAUCGUGAUUAUACGUUCACUGUGUGAGUCAGGGCCAACGCCACCAGCGGGGGGAGGGGGGGGGAGCGUAGGGGCCAUGGCCCCCCACUUUUUUGGUAUGCAAAAUAUUUCAAAAAAGGCCCUGUUUUGAGGCACUAACUUCAAUUUCGUCUUAUAUAACUUAGCCCCCCCCCACAUUGAAAUUAGUGGUGUGGGCAUUGAAAUAAGAGUAACAUCUUAUCGAAGGUUAACUGUGCUUAAAUAUUGUUAAUGUAUUAAAUAUCAUUUAUGUAAAAAAGAGUGAUUAAUUUCCAACAAUAAGGAUUAAGAAAAUUCACUAUGGCAAUCAGCUUCAUAAACUAGCUAACACGUUUAUCACAAAAGUAGAAAAUGGAAAACAUGUCUUAGAAUUUUUCUGCUAAAGUUAUUUUAACUGAAUAUGAGUAAACUGCAAAAUUCAGAUUCUACAUAAAGAUUAGUUCAGAAGAUUUUGUCUCUUACUGACUUUGUUAAAGUUCAAGAUUUGUUUGCAUAAUGCAAUGCAACUAUUGUUACAACGCUGUUGCAAAACUAUGUUCCUUGUCACCCCCAAAUAUCUUGCACGACCUUGGAAAAGCCCUCGAUAAAUCUGCAGGAAAAAUAAUCACAAAGCAGACGCACUUUUUUGCAAAACAAUAUGGCUUUUAUCAAUUUCUUUUGCUAAAUUUGUCCGUGCUCCCCCCAAACUUUCCAACCUACAUCGGAGUCCCUAAUAAGUCCUCUUAACAGACCUACAUUAAAUGU